UUUUGGCUUCCAAUUAGGAAUAAUACUGGCUUCGUAGCAAGUACCGAGGAGGAGGAUUUUAAAACCAGCUCUCUCGUCCCAAAGCCAGCAUCCUCCUCCUUCUGCCACGCACCCCCGCCCCCAUUCAUGAGCAAGAAAAAGGAGUCAGGGAGUGCUCGGCUCCUCUCCGAUAGUGGGAAGCGGAGAGACCGGCAGAGUUGCUCAGUUGAACCGCAGGCAGGAGUGAAAUUAAGAGGUGGGCACCUCCGCACCCUUUGCAGCCCGCGAGGACGGAAGGGGUCUGAAAGAAUUAUCCGGGAUUCCUGUCCCCAGACCCGCUUGGGGACUCCUUAAAUGCCAGGAAACCGAAGAGCAAGCGUUGAGAAUUAUGUCGAUUUUCCAAGGAACCGGGUUUGCAGUACGGAAUAGAAGAAAACCCUGGCUCCUAAGGGCUUCUGCCAGCAUUUGAUUUCCAGAGACCUCCAGGAUUGCCCCCAUCGCCGUGGAUGAGCAAAUUUCCUACACUUGCAUCUUACAUUCUCAAAGAAAAUAUUUUCUGUUCACUACGCUGGCUCUUUACUGUCCUCCAUACACUGACCCUUGUGGAGACUUCAGCGCCUUCCUUCAAAGUGUGCGUUCACGUUUUCGUCUAGUAUGGUCUCUAAUUGAAAACGAAUUGUUCGCUUUGGAUGAAUCUGUGGAGCUUACAUUGUAAGAAGAAAGGGGGAAGUAGACACAAUGAAAGAAAAGUCCAAAAAUGCUGCUCGGACUAGGAGGGAGAAGGAAAACAGUGAAUUUUAUGAACUGGCUAAAUUAUUGCCUUUGCCCUCGGCUAUCACCUCGCAGCUGGACAAAGCAUCCAUUAUCAGACUCACCACCAGCUAUCUCAAAAUGAGAGUAGUGUUUCCAGAAGGGCUAGGGGAGGCAUGGGGUCACUCAAGUCGCACAAGUCCCCUGGACAACGUUGGACGUGAACUGGGCUCCCAUUUACUCCAGACAUUGGAUGGCUUCAUCUUUGUGGUGGCCCCAGAUGGGAAGAUCAUGUACAUCUCAGAGACAGCCUCAGUGCACCUGGGUCUUUCUCAGGUAGAGCUGACUGGAAACAGCAUUUAUGAAUACAUUCACCCAGCAGACCACGACGAGAUGACAGCUGUGCUCACUGCACACCAGCCCUACCACUCUCACUUCGUGCAAGAGUAUGAGAUCGAGCGCUCCUUCUUCCUGAGGAUGAAGUGUGUCUUGGCCAAGCGGAAUGCUGGACUCACUUGCGGUGGCUACAAGGUCAUUCACUGCAGCGGCUACCUGAAGAUCCGACAGUACAGCCUGGACAUGUCCCCCUUCGACGGCUGCUACCAGAACGUGGGCCUGGUGGCCGUGGGCCACUCGCUGCCUCCUAGUGCGGUCACCGAGAUCAAGCUGCACAGCAACAUGUUCAUGUUCCGCGCUAGCCUCGACAUGAAGCUCAUCUUCCUGGACUCCAGGGUGGCGGAGCUGACCGGUUACGAACCUCAGGACCUGAUUGAGAAGACCUUGUACCACCACGUGCACGGCUGUGACACCUUCCACCUGCGAUGCGCGCACCACCUGCGUAAGCCCCCCACCCCCGCCCCCGCACUAAACAACACUGGCUCGUGCCCGAGGCGGCGGAGAGGGGAAAUUUCAGUCCAGUCCAAGCAAACACACCGGUGGGAGCCCUCGUGGCCCAUAGUGGCGUCAUCAGGGCCCGCCGGGCCUCGGGACCAGUCCGAGUCAGGCCGAGUCACCGCCGCCUCCUCUGUCUCUACCCUGGACCCUGGAGACACAGAGUACAAGGGGCUGCAGCUCUCCCUGGAUCAGAUCUCGGCCUCCAAACCAGCUUUCUCCUAUGCCAGCAGCUCAACUCCCACUCUGACCGAUAACAGGAAGGGCACCAAGUCGAGGCUGUCCAGCUCAAAAUCAAAAUCCAGGACUUCCCCUUACCCUCAGUAUUCGGGAUUUCACACGGAAAGAUCGGAAUCAGAUCAUGACAGCCAGUGGGGCGGAAGUCCCCUGACCGACACAGCCUCUCCGCAGCUCCUGGACCCGGCCGAGCGCCCGGGCUCGCAGCACGACGCGUCCUGCGCCUACAGGCAGUUCUCCGACCGCAGCUCGCUCUGCUACGGCUUCGCGCUCGACCACUCCCGGCUGGUGGAGGACCGGCACUUCCACGGCCAGGCCUGUGAGGGAGGCCGCUGUGAGGCGGGCAGGUACUUCCUGGGAGCGCCGCAGGCCGGGAGGGAGCCCUGGUGGGGCUCUCGCGCAGCCUUGCCGCUGACCAAGGCCUCCCCGGAGAGCAGGGAAGCCUACGAGAACAGCAUGCCGCACAUCGCCUCGGUGCACAGGACCCACGGGCGAGGUCACUGGGAUGAAGAUAGUGUGGUCAGCUCUCCAGACCCGGGGUCGGCCAGUGAAUCCGGUGACCGAUAUCGCACUGAACAGUAUCAGACUAGCCCACAUGAACCUAGCAAAAUUGAAACUCUAAUAAGAGCUACCCAGCAAAUGAUUAAAGAAGAAGAAAACAGAUUGCAGCUAAGGAAAGUGCCCCCAGACCAACUGGCAUCCAUUAAUGGAGCAGGGAAAAAACACUCCCUCUGUUUUGCAAACUACUCCCAGCCCCCACCAACAGGGGAAGUCUGCCACAGCUCUGCUCUGGCCAGCACGUCACCAUGUGACCACAUCCCGCAGCGAGAGGGAAAGAUGCUGAGUCCUCAUGACAAUGACUAUGACAACAGUCCCACUGCACUGUCUCGGAUAAGUAGUCCCAAUUCUGAUCGCAUUUCAAAAUCCAGUUUGAUCCUGGCUAAAGAUUAUCUACAUUCAGAUAUGUCUCCUCAUCAGACAGUGGGAGACCAUGCUGCUGUUUCUCCAAACUGCUUUGGCUCUCACAGGCAGUAUUUUGAUAAGCAUGCUUACACAUUAACUGGAUAUGCCCUGGAGCACUUAUAUGACAGUGAAACCAUUAGAAACUAUUCCUUGGGCUGUAAUGGCUCACACUUUGACGUAACUUCCCAUCUGAGGAUGCAGCCAGACCCAGCACCAGGACACAAGGGAACAUCUGUUAUAAUAACCAAUGGAAGCUGAUGUUUUUUAUUUUUUAAAAACUUUGUUCUUCGAGGAUCUCUGAAACAUAUUUAUAGUUUAAUGCCUCCUUACCAUCAUUUAGUGUGUCACAGAUUGUUCAGAUAACAAUUACUGGGUGUUUGACAUGAGUUCCUGUGAAAUGAAAGAAAAAAAUAACACUAACUUUCAGGGUUAUUUACAGGGAGCUAACAUGAACACAUAAAUUGCUCCUCUAAUUAUAGGGGAACCAGAGUAGGUAUAAUUAGAAUGGAAAAAUGCUACGUAAAUUAAGCAACCAUACACACUACCUGAAAGGGCUGAUGAAUGACAUUGUAUUGUUAUGACCCAGUGAAACCUAUA